GGGAAAGGAAAAGACGCUACUUACUUAACAAACAGACAGAGAAAGAAGGAAGAAAGAAGCAUUCCAUGACCGUGAGGGUACCUUGCCUCUAGGGAACAGGCUCUUUGCCUUCUCCGAAAGGCCAGGGUCUGAGUUAGACUUAGGGGAGAGAAAGAGAACAAGCCCUCUGCAUCAAUGGUAACUUGUUCAUCUUCUACCUUUAAUCAAAUAUCAUGACCUUUGACAAUCGCGAUUCUCAAUUUCUGCAUCUCUCCCCCUACCGUCUGACUCCCCUUCCUUUCCCUUAGGGUUUCUUUCCCAUCUUCAGGUGUUGUUGGUAUAGUAAGCCAUGCCGACAUAUACAGCAAUAGCUAUGGAUAGAUUAAUAGAAUCAGGGGGCUCGAAAUCCACGACAACUUCCAAAAGCAUUCAUGAAUCAAAGUUUGAGAGGAGGAUCAACGUUCCUAAUUCAAGUUUUGAUAGAAGCAAGAAUGGUUCUAGUUCAAAACUAGAAAGGAAAAUCAUCCAGACUAAUGUAAAGAUGGAUGAUACCAAUGGUAAGCCCUCGAUAAUAGGAGAUAAAAAAGACCACUGGACUCAAAUAUCUCCUGCACUAUACACAAUUCCCAAGCCAACACCACUUCCAGAUUCUCCUUCAUUUCCAGAUUCUCCUUCGUCAUUUCCUCCAUCACCCUACAUAAUCAAUCACAAGCGCCGAGGUCCACGCCUUUCACAAAGUUUCACCGAAGAUGAUUUUGGCACUCAACAACAAGCUUUUGAUGAAGAGAAGAUAGAUGAGAAGUUAAGAGACACAAAGAAGGACCUCCCCAGUACAUCUGUUGAUGACCCUUCUAUUUCUAGGGAGACAGUUAACUGUGCGAAAGAGGAUAAUUUGUUAUUCACUACUGAUAACCUGGUUAAGGGUGGUGAAGUGGCUGACCUCUGUGAUGGGGAGAUUCUUCACCAAGAUUUGCAUAAUGGUUCAGCUGGGCAAAAUGGUACAAUGAAGUUUGUUGCAUUCAAUUUGCGGAGAGGGGGUGAAGCUGAUGAUUUCUUUGACCCACAGGAAUCUCUGAGUGUCAGGAGUUUCAGUGAGAGUGAAAGUAAUGGUGGAUUCCAGCGCUGUUUAAGUUCCAUGACCCCGAUGGGAGAAUUUUAUGAUGCUUGGGAAGAACUAUCUUCAGAGAAUGGGCCACAGAUACCUACAAAUGAUUUUGAAAAUGAGCUACGAGAGAUAAGAUUGAGCUUAUUAACAGAAAUUGAAAAGCGAAAGCAAGUAGAAGAAGUUCUAACUAAUAUGCAAACCCAGUGGCGGAGGAUUCGUGAACGAUUAUCUCUCGUGGGGUUGAACUUUCCUCCUAAUCCUGUUGCUGGAGAGGAAUUGGACAAUGAACAACCAGAUGAUCAGGUGGAGGAUUUGUGUCAACAAGUCCACAUCCUUCGGGUUGUAUCAGAGUCCAUUGGUAAGGGAAUAGCAAAGGCUGAGUUGGAGACAGAAAUUGAGGCUCAAAUUGAGUCAAAGAACUUUGAGAUAGCUCGACUAUGGGACAGGUUGAAUUAUUACGAAGCUGUGAAUCGAGAGAUGUCACAGAGGAAUCAGGAAGCUAUAGAGACAGCGCGGCGUCUUAGGCAAAUAAGGAAGAGAAGGCAGAAGAAAUUGAUAUGGGGUUCGGUUGCUGCUACAAUUACAAUAGGCUCUGCUGUCUUAUCGUGGUCUUAUUUUUCUGCUGGAAGAGAAUCAUCUUCUUUGGAUCAAUCUCGUAGUCUUGAGGGAGACUCUGCAUCAGAACUAUGAGUUCUCAAUGAAUAGGUUAAGGUGUGCUUAUUUAUUAUACAGGGAAAUAAGGAAGCAGGAGAUCAAUACUGUCUUGUGAAUAUCAUCAUAUAUUUUUUUGUCCUUUUUUGAUACAUAAAGCAUAUUUCUGCUAUUACACAUGUACAGUUCCUCGAAAAUAAAUAAA